AUGGCAACUCUGGUUGCCACCCACCCACUACCAGGGGCGGAAGAUGAAAACGAUAAGCGAGAGUGUAUGGAGUUGCUGGCGCAAAAAAGGUCACAGAUUGAAAGCACCGAAGAAAAGAACAGCGGUUUGGAUAUUCCCUCCUCGCUGAUCGUUAUGAGCUCUUGCCUCGGAAAGGCGCAGCAACCCAGAAGGGGAAGCUGCCAAAGCUCCGACUCCUGGUCUGGGAGUCGUGGAAUGGGCACGGAAGGCCUCUUUUACUUCCGAGUCCCAGGGCGUUGUGGUUACGGAGGAGAUUUCAGAUUCGCUAUUUUUGGGACCUUCCUGCAGGUGGCACUAGCGGACGAAUGGCACUAUCCGACGCCCGAAUCCAAUGGAGUCAUCAAUGAACACGAACACUGGGGAGGACAAUGCGACACCGGCCGUCGUCAGUCACCAAUCGAUCUAACUUACAAGGCAGCCGUGAAGGGGGACUUUUCACCGUUUCUGUUCAGCAAUUACAUGAACCCAAUCCGCCACGCCAUGCUGACCAACACUGGCCACUCGGUUCAAAUCGACAACGCCGACCAAUCGGUUUCGCUGUACGGAGGUGGCCUUCCUGGUCGUUUCGUACUGGAUCAAAUGCACUUCCAUUGGGGUUCGGAACAUACGGUUAACAGCGUCCGCUACGGGCUGGAGCUGCACAUGGUUCACCACGACUCGCGCUACAAAUCGUUGACGGAAGCUGCAGCAGUCAAGAACGCCGUUGCCGUCAUCGGAGUUCUGUUUCACGUCUCAAACCAGGAUAAUACCCAUCUGGACGUAGUGCUGGAGACUUCCUCCGAUAUCCGUGAUGUAGCCGGUAAACAAGCACCAUUAAAGGGAACGCUAUCGCCCCAUAAUUUACUCCCGAGGAACCGUACCUCCUACUUCCGUUAUGAGGGCUCCCUCACGACACCCACCUGCGCGGAAUCCGUUAUCUGGACUGUAUUUACCGAAAGCAUACCGGUUUCAUUGGACCAAGUGGAACUCUUCAAGGCGAUCCAUGAUGCAGCCGGGCAUGAACUCGUCAACAACUAUCGCUCGUUGCAGCCGCUCAAUGCACGAGCCCUAGUUUACACAACCGAUUUAGAACAUGCAAGCAGUGCUGCCAAACUAGCUCCGCUAGUACUUUCAUUCCUGUUUACUGCUGUCUUGCUGACUGCAUCACGACAGAUUAGGUUAUAA